ACAAACAGCUUUUGCAGACAGUCAGUCCUCGAGGGGUGUCACCACUGAGCACACAGGCUGAAACAGGAAGUCUUUUUUCUCUCUCUCUACAGCUGAGUGGUGCCUCCUGUGUUCUUCAUUCUGUUGGUUAGCGAUGGCCAGGCUGAGAGAGGCAGACGGAACUCAACAGCAGCAACAGCAGCAAUCUCCCCAGUACCAUCAACCCAUGAACGAGGCUGAUAUUCAGCUCAACCACAGCCAGAUGAAGGACCACGACGCCAUUAAGCUGUUUAUUGGCCAGAUACCACGGAACCUGGAGGAGAAUGACCUGAAGCCCCUCUUUGAGGAAUUUGGGAAGAUAUAUGAGUUAACUGUACUGAAGGACCGAUUCACAGGCAUGCACAAAGGUUGUGCCUUCCUUACAUACUGUGCAAGAGAGUCUGCCAUCAAGGCACAGAAUGCAUUACAUGAGCAAAAGACACUGCCUGGGAUGAAUCGACCCAUUCAGGUGAAGCCUGCUGACAGUGAGAGUCGUGGAGAAGACAGAAAAUUAUUUGUGGGCAUGCUAAACAAACAACAGACAGAAGAUGAUGUGUACAGACUCUUUGAAUCUUUCGGUGUCAUAGAGGAAUGCACAGUUUUGCGAGGACCUGAUGGCAACAGCAAAGGUUGUGCAUUUGUGAAGUUUUCCACACACGCUGAAGCCCAGGCAGCCAUUAACGCACUACAUGGCAGUCAGACAAUGGCGGGGGCAUCCUCCAGCCUCGUGGUGAAGUUUGCUGACACAGACAAGGAACGCACCCUGAGGCGCAUGCAGCACAUGGUGGGUCAGUUUGGGAUGUUCAACCCGAUUCCGCUGCAGUUCAACAACACCUACAGCUCCUAUGCUCAUGCGCUGAUGCAGCAACAAGCAGCUAUAAUGGCAGCCACCACCCACACUGGAUACCUGAACCCCACCGCUGCCUUCCCCACUGCACAGAUGCACCACAUGGCUGCGAUCAACCUGAACGGACUGGCGGCUGCGCCACUCACACCCACAUCAGGGUUGUCCUCUCCUCCUGGGAUUGCGGCUCCUGCUGUGCCCAGUAUUGUAUCUCCGAUGGGGGUGAAUGGCUACACAGGCCUCUCCACUCAGCACAAUGGGCACCCCACAGUAGAGGCUGUCUACGCUAAUGGCAUCCACCCGUACACAGCACAAAGUCCAUCUGCAGCUGAUGCCUUGCAGCAGGCUUUCACUGGGGUUCAGCAGUACACUGCCAUGUAUCCAACAGCGAUUGCCCAGAUCAGUCAAGCAUUUCCACAGCCACCUCCAGUCAUUACACAGCAAAGGGAAGGGCCAGAGGGCUGCAAUCUUUUCAUUUACCACCUCCCCCAGGAGUUCGGGGAUAGUGAACUCAUGCAGAUGUUUCUGCCGUUUGGGUCAGUCAUCUCCUCUAAGGUCUUCAUGGACAGAGCCACCAAUCAGAGUAAAUGCUUCGGUUUUGUGAGUUUUGAUAAUCCCACUAGUGCCCAGGCUGCCAUCCAGGCUAUGAAUGGUUUUCAGAUUGGAAUGAAGAGGUUGAAAGUCCAGUUAAAACGGCCAAAAGAUACCAGUCGCCCUUACUGACUGACCGUGAUUCAGGGGCAAGAAUUUCUGAUUUUCUAGGGCAGGAACGGUGUGGAUUAUGAAGAAGUACCUUUUUUGAGAGGGCUGAGUCCCCGAUAUCAGUGCCGAGGGGGAGAUAUCGAGAUAUAAAACUUGAAGGAAACAUUUCGAGAACCCUGAAAAUGUGAAAUUUCAUUGCAGCUAUUUAAGAAGACUUGGAUCUGACAAUAGCACACGUGACAUAACGCGAUGUAGGGAUGGCUGCGUCUUAAAGGUUGCAGAGGAGGCUGUUUUGGCACAGUUCUGUGUCGCCGAGCACCCAGCUAGGUCUCCUAGGCGAUGGUUGCCAUGGCUGGGUUUUUUUCUGUGUGUGUGUGGGUGUGUGUGUGUGUGUGGGUGUGUGUGUGUGUGUUUUUGAAUCCAUAUGGUUGACAUGGUAACGCAGAACACAUUGAGUCUUUAUCUCUCAAUCCUCCGACAUUCAGGGAUCAAAAGGACCAAACAAAUUUUUUUUUAAUUUAUUAAGGGGGCCUGUAUAUGUAAUAUAUGAGUUCAGCUUUCUUUACUUAUCUUGAUAGUAAAAACAAGGGGAAAAAUAAGAGCUAAAACUGUUUAAAAUUUUAAAAAAAGCAAUGCUUCAAUGGUCUUAGAAUAGCAUUAUACACUGGGAAAUCUAUACAAGGAGCAAGAUACAGUAGAAACUUUACAGGAGUUAGUUUUUCAGAAGAAAACAAAGGUUAAAAUGUACUUUGUGCCUCAUUUUCUGCUUAAGGGCACAAUGGUACUGCAUGCAAAACAUGACCGAAAAUUAUAAUUAUACAUAACGGUGUAUACAUAUUCUGCUCCUUAUAUUUCUGAGAAGAUUACUUCUUAAGAGAGAAGAGAGAGCAAGAAGACUUCCUUGGUGAAGUUUGGCUUUCUUUAACCGUUUGAGGACCUAUAAUUGCCACACUGAUGCAGUCGAGUUGACUGUUUGAUGGUUUAAUUCAAGAGGUUAACUAGGAGUAGGUUUUUCCGAGAUCUGUGCUUUAAACAAGGUAAGUGUGGAAGGAAAUGAAAUCCCUCGUGGUGUAGCUUUUUCUAAACAAAAACGACACCUUGUAAAUAAUCCUUGGAGUAACAGCACAUCCUUUCUGAUAACUGGUGAGGACCUUAAUUACUACUGUUAGGAAAUGCAGAUGUUCAAUGGUGUUACCAAAACAUGGGGGAAUGGUUUCAUGUAGAGGGGGCUGUUGCACAAACAAGUCUGUUUGCCUCUGGCCGAUAGGGUGAAGUCAGAAGACAAGUGAGCUGGUUUUGAUUUGAGCCAGGUCCUGCAGUGAGAGAGGGGUCAGGAGCUGGAGGACCUGACACUCAAUUUCAAUCUCGCUCCCGAUCUCACAUCCAUAAAGGCCAAAGGGUUGAUGGUGAAAUGAAAAGGAAGCAGUGCACAGCCCCAAACACCCCGUGUCCAAAGCCUCCUGUUUGUAAGACUGUUCUGUUCAAUGAGUCUGGAAUUUGACAUUACCCCUGAAAACGCCCCCACCCUCCCUCAUUCUCCCAAUCCCUCGUCAUCCCAAGGAUUUAGCAGCACAAGCCCACCUUUUGUUUGAUCCUUACUGGAUAGUUCCAUGUGGAGAGAGAAAAGAGAGACCUGCAUCUAUAUGGCCACCUUUUUUUAAGCUUGGGAUUUCCCAAUGUGCUUUUUAAAACUUUUUUUUGGAAGGGGGAUCACUUGAAAUCUUGGAUGUGCAGCAGCGAAUUGGUGUGCAACAAGCUCCAACAAUACAGCAGUGAAACAAAUGACCAGAUGAUCUGCCCUCGUUGCUGAUAGAGAAGUGAACUUUAGCCAGUGCCCAUUGGGGAAAGCUUUCUUCAAAAAUGUACUAUGUGACCCUCCAUGUGCAACUGAGAUAACAAGAGAAGGCCUGUACUGGUUUAACAUCUCAUCGGAAAGACCUCACCUUCAACAGUGGGACACUCUCUCUGAGUACUGCACUGGAGGGGCACCCUGAGACUUUGCAAUCACUUCUCUGCAAGUGGGGCUUGAAUCUGCAACUGAGGAAAUUAAAGGCACGAGGGUUACCCACUAAACCAUCGGGGAGCACGGGACCACAGAAAACCAUUCACAACAAUGGAUGAUUAUUUGAGAUCAAGUGCUGAGCUAGAUGGUCAGGGCAGAUUAUCAUGACCUCGCUGUUACUAGUGGGAGUGUUCAAUUCUGAUGCAAGGGAAGUAAUUUAUUCAAAUUGUUGGAGAAACCCCAGAGGUCUGGCACCACUUGUGGAGAGAGAACCAAAGUUAACCUUGCAGACUGUUCUUUGGAACUCUUCAGUAUUUUGCUUUUAAAUAAUUUAUUCUCCACGUUGACACCCAAUUGUCUUGAUUAACACAUCAAAGUGGCAGUGUGCUCCUCUGUCCUCCCUGUAUGGGAUGCUCCUUUGGUGAGUACCACAGCGGAAUGUUAAAAACUGAGGCUAGAGCCAUUGCAGCAGGUUCAGUGAAAACCCGCAGUUCACUGAGAGCAGGAACUGUGACAUGAGUCAGAUUAUAAAACUGGAGGCUUCUUCUCAGGAUUUUGUUCCGUUCACUAUGAUAAUUUUGGUGAGGGCUCAGAUCCAAAUGUGGCAUAUUAAGUUUUUGAUUUGAUCAGUCAAACCCAGGCCAGCUGCAGAAAUUGCUUGUUCUGCAUCCUUUUCUUUCAUAGAAUUGUAGAAUCCCUACAGUGUGAAUGCAGGCCAUUUGGCCCAUCAAGUCCACACUGACCCUCCGAUGAGCAUCCCACCCAGACCCACUCCUGUAUAAUUCUGCAUGUCCCAUUGCUAAUCCACCCAGCCUGCAUGUCCCUGCUCACGAUGGACAGCUUAUCAUGAUCAAUCCACCCAACGUGCAUAUCUUUGGACUGUGGGAGGAAACCAGAGGACUGGAUGAAAUCCACACAGACAGUCACCAGAGGCUGGAACCAAACCCACGCCCCUGGCACUGUGAGGCAGCAGUGCUAACCACUGAGCCACCAUGCCGCCUCAAAACAAAAAUGGCAUUCUAACACUCAAGACUUCACUGCUCUGUCUAACACUCCUCUGUUCGCCCAAAGUAACUGGGUGACAUUUCAAUGGAUGCAGCUGGCUCCCUUGUAAUUUUGUUCAUUGUUUGUGAAUCAACAGUGAAAAUACUAGUGGGCUAUUCCACUGUGGCAGGCAUCGAUUAUCAAGCCUAUUCUUUUUCUGUUUGCACAGGCUUCUCAUGCAGGUAACUGAUAUCACACAGGAACAGGAACUCUGACCAGGUUUGCUUAUCUCCAUGUCAGGACCUGUGGUUCUGUGUAUCGCUUUCAACAUACCCUCCCUCACCCUUAAAGUAUUCAAGAGAGAGAGAGAUAAAUGUUUAGAUUUUAAAGGCACCAAGUGUUGUGGGGAGAUAGUAGGUAUAUGGCAUUGAGAUAGAGAAUCAGCCAUGAUGAUAUUGAACGGUGGAGCAGGCUCGGAGGGCCGAAUGGCCUACUCCUGCUCCUACUUUCUGUGUUUCUAUAUUUCAGUAUUGGCUGAGAUUAACUAGAGUCAGUUCGGUGCCUGCAGCAUUUGAAACUGGGCUCCCCCUGUUCUGAAUGGCUCAGCCACGCAGUGCGUCCUUUUGCAGACUCAUUUAAGGAUGUUUCUUGGGAAUAGUUUGGCCUACUGUCAACUAACAGCUUCCAACAAAUUUCACAGUAAAAGCCUCUUGCAUUUCGUUACGAUACUUGAAUUUGUCUUGGCCUUUUAUCAGAUCAAAGUACCAAAUGCAAUGAUUUAAUUUUGAAAUGUUUCCUGAAGUUGUGUAGUCAAACAUGGCCUCCGUUGUCCAACUUAGCUCACUGCUAAGUGGCCAGUGUCUCAUCUUGAUGAUGAGCUUAUUCUACUUAGAAGGAUCAGUGGAGACGUGAUAGAGGCAUUCAAAAUGAUGAGCAAUUUUGAUAAAAUACGUAACAACAAGUUAUUUCCAAUGAAAAAGUGAAAAUAACUAGAAGCUACAGAGUCAAUGCUAUUGGAAAAAGAACGAGAUGGGCAUUAGUUUCCAGACUAACUCCUUCAGAUCACUGAGAAUAGGUGGGAAUGUUGAAUCAGAUCGUCCAUGAUCUUGGCAGUGUAGGAAUGAGGGGCCAAAUGGCCCACUCCUGCUCCUAAUUUAUAUUUUUCCUGGAAUGAGUGGGCCUGGACAGAUUUGUCUCUGCUGGAAGAGUGAGGAAUGACUGACUGUGUAAAGUGACUGAAGUGAGUCAGAUCUUGACAACAUGGAUGCGAGAAAGAUAUUUUCUCUGGAGGGUGAGUCCAGAACUAGGGGGCGCUGUUUUACAAUUAGGGUUCACCCAUUUCGGACGGACGCAAGGAGGAAUUUUUCCCUUUAAGGGCUGUGUAACUUCAGACCUCUCUGUUUCAAAAAGCAGUGGAGGCAGGGUCAGUUUUAAAAUAUUUUUCAGACAGAGGUGAAUGGAGUCUUGUCAGACAGGGAAUCUCUUCUAAUCGGAGGCAAAUGGGAAUAUGGAGUUUGAAACACCAACAGAUCAGCCAUGAUCAGAUUAAAUGGCAGAGUAGGUUUGAAGGGCCGAAUGGCCUACUUCUGCUCCUGUUUCUUACGCACGUCUGUAUAUUUUUAUGCCUAUUACUUAAUAAGUUGUUUGUGACUCUAAAUCCUUUGCCUGAAAGGUUGGAGCAGAUUCAGGAAGAACUUACGAAAGAGAAUUAGAUAAAUACAAAAAGGAAAAAGUUUUUAUGGCUGUGGGGAAACACCAGGGAGAUUAAGUCUAAUUGAAUAACAUUUUCGAAGUGCCGCAGGGGGUCUGAUGAGCCAAACCCCUGUGCUAUCUCAUGCUGUAUUAGUUGAAGGAGGGAUAUUUGGUGGAAUUUGACCUUAGGAUAUAGGCAGACUCCUCCACCAGGUUGUAGUUAUUCUCCAUCUUUAACCCACCCUAACGCUAACUCUAAUUGCUUCAAAGACAUUAAUUGCAGAUAUCUCUGUGUCGAUAAAUGUCUUGGGUACUACUUUGAGAGGAGUUGACAGCAUGCCCUUUACAGAACCAGCCUAAUGUUGCAAACUGCUCCACCAGGUUAACAGGAAUCAGCUUAACCCCGUAGUGAAGUUGAGCCACUGUAUUCCACACUGUGAGACAGGAUGACAUGUAGCCUCUGACAAGGUAGGAGUGGCAAUUUACCUUCCUUGUAAUGUAACAGUAAAGGAUUACCUUUGCUGAAUCCCUCAUUAUCGGUGUAAUCAUUGACCAGAAACUGAAUUGGACUAGCCGUAUAAAUACUGAGGCUGCAAGAGCAGGGCAAAGGCUGGAAAUUCUCUGGUGAGUAACUUGCCUCCCAACUCAACAAACCAACUACAAGGCACAAGUCAGGAGUGUGAUGGAAUACUCCCCACUUGGCUGGAUAGGUGUAGCUGCAACAACACUCAGGAAGCUUGACACCAUCCUGGACAAAACAGUCUGCUUGACUGGCACCAAAGAACAGACAUCCAUUCCCUCCAGCACCAAUACUCAGUAGCAGCAGUAUGUAUUAUCUAUGAGACGAUUUGCAAAAAUUCCCUAAGGCUUUUCGCACAACACCUUCCAAACCACAACCUGUACCAUCUUGAAGCAAAAGGGCAGCAGAUAUCUGGGAACACACCAUCUGCAAGUUCCCCUCACCAUCCUGACUUAAAAGUACGUCACCGUUCCUCCAUGGUCGCUGGGUCAAACUCCUGGAACUGCCUCCCUGACAGCAUUGUGGGUCUACCCAGUAUACAUGGACUGCAGCAGUUCAAGAAACCUGGUUGUCACCACUUUUACAAUGGGGUGCUAAGUAUCCCUUUACCUUGAGGACUGCAGUUCAUGAAGGCAGCUCACUUCUCAAGGGCAAUUAGGGAUGGGUAAGAGAUGCUGACCUGGCCAGUGAUUUUCAUAUUCCACAAAUGGAUAAAAAUUAUUGUGUCUUUAAAAUAACCCAGUAGCUCACGGCCAUUCAUUUCAGGUGCUGUCCCACCAAUUACAGAUUGAAUUAAAUUAGAUUUAAUUGGAUUGGAUUUUAACUAAUGAUUACGAAUCGUGUACCACAACCAGUGCUGACAACAGGAAUUCUUCUUGAAACAGCAUCUUCACGACCUUGUUUAACAUCACUUCUUAAGAACAGCUUCUAACAAUGCAGAGCUCUGCAGUGGUGUCAAAGUUUAAAUAACUGACUUUGUUCCUGGUAUGGUCUCCAAUAUUGUAGGCAAAUCCAUCAGCUGAGACCUGUAUGUAUGCAACUUGUACCUUAAAAUGUAAUUUUCAUAUUUGUUUUAAGAACAGCUUGAGUACUUGUUAAGGAUCACUGACAAUAGUACCCCAAGAUAUGUUGCAUGGGUAAUCUGGGCAUUGACAUGUAGUAAAUGUGACAUGUCCGAGUGCCACAGGCCCCUUUAACCUAAGGUCCCUACAGUUCUCCAGCACUAGGGGAUGGGGGUGCUGUUCUCAUUUCAUGUUUGGACCUGCUAUAGACCUAUAGAUAAAGAUUGCUGGCAAUGAUCUGUUAACAACUCUUGUAAUACCAUGUGUUUACCAGGUUGGUAGAAGCCAAUUAGCUUGUAUCUUGUUCUGUUUCAUAUUUUGAUAUUAACCUUGAAGACAUUUCAAUGGGACUGUUGCUGGCAAUAGAGAAUGAGUAGAGAUUGGUUCCAAGUGGAAUUAAUUACUCGUAGGAGUGAGUUUUUGGGUAGAAAUUGACAGCUUGAUGUUGCUAAGAAUUAACACAGUUAUUAUGUUCCCUCUGAGGGCAAGAUUCCAUUUAAUUGGGGACAGACUGGUAAACCCGGAUAGAUGAAUUGCCCUUUCAUCUCAGGGGCUUUAGUUUCAAUCCUGCUCAGUGCAAAGGAUUGGAAGGUUUCUUUCCCUGACAUGUAAAAUGUGAAGUGUCUUGUGAGUUUCAACUUGGUGAGGGUGAACCUUCAGCACAAGGAGUCUUGGCCAUCUCAUCAGAAAUGUACAAUGAAGUGAAAACAUUGGGAAUGGAUUUGAAAUGCUUUCAGGGCCAUUUGUAGAUCAAUUUGCAGUUCCCUCUCUGAUGGUAUUGUGGGUCUACCUACAGAAUAUGGACUACAGUGGUUCAAGAAGGCAGCUCACCAUUACCUUCGCAAGAGCAACUAAGGACAGACACUGAAUGCUGACCAGCCAGUGACGCCAAUGUCCCAUGAGUGAAUGCAAAAACUAUGAACCAGCAUGAAAUCUGUGCUGGUUGACAGAGUAUCCAUCCAUUUGUAGCUGGCUGGAAGAGACAAAGAGCUUCCGUUUAUAUAAAGCCUUUGGAAACAUCACAAUCUCCCCAAAAUCAAAUUACACCUGAUAACAGUCACUAUUUCAUUGUAGUAUGCACUAUCACUAGUGUUAGUUUCCACUAUAGCAAUAUGCUAUUGAUAUUCACUCUGCUAAUGUUUUGGGGAUAACACAGUGUGGAGCUGGAGGAACACAGCAGACUAGGCAGCAUCAGAGGAACAGAAAAUCUGAUAGUUCGGGUCGGGACCCUUCUUCAGAAAAUGUCCUGGGGACACGCGUUCAAAUCCUGGCAUGACUGAUGUUGAAAUUUGAAUUGAAUAAAAAGAACGUGGAAUUAAGAAUCUACUGAUGACCGUGAAUCCAUUGCCAAUUGUUGGAAAACCCCCAUCUGGUUCACUAAUCUCCUUCAGGGAUGAACAUCUGCCAUUCUUACCUGGUUUGGCCUACAUGUGAUUCCAGACCCAGAGACAUGUGGCUGACCCUUAACUGCUCUCUAGGCAAUUGGGGAUGGGCACUAAAUGCUGGUCUAGGCAGUGACUCUCUUAUCUCAUGAAUGAGCAUCGAAAAUUUAGCAUGGUGUUGGCUGGGGUCCAACACCUCAAGGAGAAAGCCUCCCUUUACUAAAAAAAGGUUACAACUAUCUCAGAGGAUGGAUUGGGCAUCAGUUUAUUUAACUUUUCAUCUGAAAGACAGCACCUCUGUAUUUCAGCCUAGGUGAUGCACUAAAGCCUCUGGAGUGAGAUUGGAACUGGCCUAUCCCAAUGAGCGACAACCAAUACCGCAGGAUUCACUAACAUUGGAGGUCAGAUACACACAUGGAGUUGCAGACUCAAGAACUUAUGGCACAGACUCCUGGCUUUGAAUUAAAUGACUUGCAGUGAAAACCUCAGCUUUGUUGUAUUAAGAUGUUGUGUUUCCUGAGGGAAAUGGGAACAAGCCCGGAGGGAAUAAAGUCACGUCUCCAUUUGGAAACAAUUAAACUUCAUCUUCCAAUGAACAAACUUGUGCAGAUGAUGAGUGUCCCAAGAAUGCAUGAACCAACAUUUCCCAGAGAAAGUCUGAAUAUUUGGUUGAGUAUGUUAAAUCUACUGCACAGCUAGUGCUGAUGGAUUAAAUAUCCCGACCUGGGAAUAGAAUUUGAUUAUCCCUAUGAAUGCAGUUCCCAGGAGUAUGUUUCUGUUGAAAACAAUGGAUUUUGAAACUAAUGCAUGUACUUACUGAUUGGUUUCGAAUGUGCCUGUGCACUGCUGGCUAGAUUGGAGGCAGCUGCUUUGAGGAUAACGGCACAUUGUCCUGCAAAAUAUCGACAAUCAAAGCUAAUUAUUAUCUAUUCUAUUGUGAGAUCCCUAAUAGUCCCUGUACAAAGACAGACCUUGCUUACAAAAGUGAGAUGUUGUAAAAUCAACCCUGUUGGCUGACAUUUCUGUACACUUUUGCCUCGGAUUUCCCUUUACUCCUUCUCUGAAUAUUUUAAAAGAAAGGCUUUUAUUUGCCUUCAAUUUAUGUGUUUCUCCCUUUCCUUCCCUUGUCAUACCUAUUCCCUUUCUACUCUUAAAACAACAAAUUUAACGGGUUAAACAGAGCCCAGUGGCACCUGCUGCCUUUCUGAACUUGCUGUCUAUCUGUGAGUUUCUAUUCACUGUUUGUAUCAGCCUGCACUCUCUCAUCACAUUUCUCCAACUCCUGUGUCCAAGCUGUCUUUAGCGGAUGCCCUGAUGGUUUCUCUUUAUGUCUCAUGUCACUGUGCCUCUGUCAUCACAUCAGCUAAGAAAGAGAAUUUUCACAUCCACCAGCAGCAGACUCCUCUUAACUGUUUAAAGUUCAGUACUGGAUCAGCUAAAUGUUGUAAGGAGCUUGUUUCCUCUUGUGCUCCUGUAGCUCAACCCUGAGCCACUGACUUCAUCCCACUUCCUAUCAAUAGUCUGAUUUGGGCCCUUGGAUAUUUUCCCAGUUGAACUGUUAGGAGAUGUUAUGACACACCUCUGGAGCAGGUGGGACUUGAACUCUUGCCUACCUAGCUCAGAGGUAGAGACACUACCACUGCACCACAAGAGGCCCCUUAACCAGCCUGUUCUUUUCCUUGGUGUCAUAUUUGACUCACCCAAUCACUCUGACCUGCUUCCUUUAUUAAUGCACUGCAGCUGAGAGCUAAAGUGACAGUCCACGUAAAAGUUAAACCAAUUGAUACAGCAAAGCUUUUGACAACGUCACACAUGGGAGACUAAUAAGGAAGGUUAAAAACACGUGGGAUCCAGGAUAACUUAGCAAGUUGGUUCCAAAAUUGGUUUAAUGACAAAGGGUGGUUUUAGAAGGCUGUUUGUCUGACUGGAGGUCAGUGCCCAAUGCUAUACAACAGGGAUUAGCGCUAUGUCCCUUGUUGUUCAUGAUACAUAUAAACAAUGAAAAAAGAGAAUGUGGAGGCACCAUAGGUAAGUUUGUAGAUGAUGCAAAGACUGGCUGCGUGCUUAAUAGUGAGGACUAAGGUCUCAGUUUACAGGAGGAUAUAAACUGGUUGGUCAGAUGGACAGAUCACUGGCAGAUGGAAUUUAACCCUGAAAAGUGUGAGGUGGUGCACUUUGGAAGAAGUAACAAGACAAGGGAGUACGCAAUGAAUGGCAGGACAUUGGAAAACUCAGAGCAACAAACAGACUUAAGGGUGCAUGCCCAUUGAUUCCCCACAGAUGACAGAACAGGUUAGUAGAAUAGUUAAGAAGACAAAUGGGACACUUGCCUUUCUAAGUUGUGGCAUAGAUUAUAAGAGCAGGGAGCUUGGAGCUGUACAGGACUCUGAUUAGACCAGAUCGGGAGUACUCUGUGCAGUUCUGGCCACUACACUAUAGAAAGGAUGUGAUUGCAUGAGAGAGGGUGCAGAGGAGCUUCAACAAGAUGCUGAGAUAGAGAUAAUAGGAACUGCAGAUGCUGGAGAAUCCAAGAUAAUAAAAUGUGAGGCUGGAUGAACACAGCAGGCCAAGCAGCAUCUCAGGAGCACUGCCUGGGAUAAAAGAUUUCGGCUACAAAGAGAGGCUAAAUAAGCUCGGGUGGUUUUUUUCAGAGCAGGGAAGGCUGACAGGGGAUUGGAUUGAGGGUGUGCAGAUAAAGGUUAUGAGGGUCAUGGACAGGCGGGAUAGAAAGCAGCUAUUUUCUCUAAUUGAAAGGUCAAUAUCAAGGGGCCACAACUUUAAGGUGAAAGCCGGGAGAUUUCGAGGAGAUUUGAGGAAAAUGCUUUUCACCAAGAGGGUUGUUGGAAUCUGGAAGGCACUGUCUGGGGGGUGCAGUUGACAUGGGAAAUCUCACAACUUUUAAAAAGCACUUGGAUGAGCAUUUGAAAUGCCAUGAGGUUGAAGGCUGUGGGCUAAAGGCUGGAAAGUAAAACUGAUGUAGAUUCAAAGUAGUUUCUUUUGGUGCAGACUCGAUGGGCUGAAGGGCCUCUGCUGUAUGAUUCUAUGAUUUUACACCCCUUCCAUUCUGUCAAGCAGAUUUACUUGGAACUUAAACUUGCCUUGACCACUUUAUUAAGGUUGGUUGCUGUAAUUUAGUGGCCAGAUUAGAUGAAAGAACCAGCGUUCACUGGAGUGCACUUCCUUUUGUACUCUCCCUUGCCCAGUUGCCCAUUCUCUUCAUGUGUGAUCCCAGAAAUUGUCAGUCAGGUCUUCUGUUAGAUGGCCGUCACAUCCAAGCUUAAUCCUGCAAUGAACCAACUGAGGCUGCAAUGUAGCAGUGGGCAGUACAUUAUGGAGACGAUACUGAGCUUAGAGAUUUCUUUGGAAUGAUGUGUGUGUUGUCAUGGGCUUCACAUUAUAGGUGAAAUGUUGAGCACAGAUCACUAAACUGCUGCCUGAAAUGAGGAAAUACAAAAUUCCACGAAAGACUUAGUAAAACUAAGACUGUUUUUGUUUGUAGUCAAGUGGGUGGUUUGAUGGAGUGGUUAAACAAAACCAAGGGAUGGGACAUCAUUGAGAAAAACAGACAAAAAUCCAGUUUAGAACAAGGGGACAGCGAUAUGUGAUUAAUUGUCAGACAUUCAGGCCAGGGAAAACCUUUUUGUGCAGAUUGAGUGCACUACUUUAAGUGAUAGAAACAGAAGACCGUACCAACAAUGAAUCACAUGUUUGUUCAUUUUGACAGUGCCUGGGGACAUUUUACAGUUUAAAAAUGCUAUAUAAAUGCACCAUGUUGUUGCAGGUACAGUUUGCCUAACACUACGCCUCAGUUGUGUCAGGCUAUAGGCAUUACAAGUCAUGGAAAAGAAAGAGAGCAUUAUAUGAACAGAGUGAGUUUUUGACAGGGCUUUCCAAAAUGGGGCUCAGGACCUCCAAGUGGGGUCGCGAACUGAAAUUCUGGGGGCGUGAGCUUCAGGACAACAAUGUCUGACUGCUGUCCCUCCCCUUGCUGUGAUAGGUCAUCUCCACUUCUGCUCCCACUCUACUUACUAAGGGCCACCGACAGCAUUCAGGCUUCAAAAUGAAGUCCCAGUGGGAAGAUAUUUGGGAAGCACUGGUUACUGAGAUUGAGACUACAGCUCCUGGGAAGAGCUAAUAUCAGCACAGAUCAGUUGGGCUGAACCAACUGUUUCCACGCUGUACCUUCCUACCAAAUCAUCUGUUGCUGAAACACAUACACAUUUAUAUUAACUGUAUUUCUGAAGACAAAGGUGGCGAUUGCGAUCACAAGCAGGAAUACAGGACACAGAUAGAGUUCCAUUGAGUUGUAAUAUCAGGCCAAGAGGCUGAAUGAAGGCCCUCUCUGAGUGUGUCUUUUGGCUAACAUUCACAGCACAAGCCUCAUUGCAAACUUUACGAUUGUUAUUAUAGACUAGGAGAGAGCUGCAUGUUCUUUACACCUUUACAAUUCAGUGAUGUUUUAGUUUUAUUCAAGGUCUGAAAUGUAGCCUAGUUUAGCAGCUGGUAUCCACCUCUCAAACACACAAAAAAUGCACUUUGAGAAAGUGUUUUUCCCUUGGCCCAAUGAUCCCUGAGAUGUUCAACACCAUCUCCCUUCUGUCCUCUCCCAUCUCCUUCCCUGACAUCCUCUCCCUUCUUACCCCUUCCCAACUCACUUCCUCCUCAACUCCCUUCCACACCCUUCAUACUCUCCAACCUUCUCCUGCACCUUCCUACCGCUAGCUAUCCCUCAUCUCCUCCUCAACUCCUUCCUAUACCCCCUCACUCUUCCCAACACACUCUUGCUCCUAGUUCUUAGGUUCAUAGGUUCAAUCCUCUCCACCUCAGUUCUCUUCCGCUCACCCCUCCCUCCUCCUCUUUGGAAUUAUCUUAACACUGCCUUUUGAGUCCACUGUGCAAUGUGUUUGUUGAAAUGGAGCAUGUGAAUGGUGGAGCUGGGAAAAGGGGUGGAUCUCUCAUACACUGGAAACCAUAACCCCAUGGCACACUGUGUUCUCCCAAGACAGGAACAUAGGAGUAGGCCAUUUGGCCCUUCAAGCCUAUGCUGCAGAUCCUGUUGGUUCCCUUGCCACCUGAAGCAAAUAAGGAAGGGGGUGUCAGAACUCUAUACCUCUAAUUGAAGGUCACCCAUAUUUGAUUGUGCGAAAGCUUGAGCAGUGCUGCUGCUAAUGUAUAAAUAAAAUAUUCAUGAUGUUUUUGACAUUGGAGUCUCGGUCAUGAUGAAGGUGCAACAACUGAAUGAGUGACCAAUGCUGAGGAACUUCAUUCACUGACAGCAGCACCACUGGAGAUUUCUCAAUGACUCAAUGCCAAUGUGGUAAAAGUUUUUCAGAAACAGUUGGUAGUAAAAGCCCGUGGUUUGCUUUUUAAUCCAUAUUUUAUUACAUCUUGAGUUCGAUGCUCACAAGAUAUUUGUCAGUGCAAACGCUCGAAUUUCUUUUGGAGUGCUUGUGGGAGUUUAACUAAUCCCUGAGAGUCUGAAGCUGAGAGGGGCUACUGAGGAGCCAUUGCUAAGGCAGUGGAAGGAAUGGAGGCCUGAGGAGGUGAGUACAGCCCUUAAGUAGCAACACAAAAGGUGCAGGAGGAGCUUGUCAGAGUGAGUUGGGGUGUAACCCUGGAUAGAUUUCUGAAAUCAUAUCUGGUCAAUAAUCAGAGAUAAUGGGAACUGCAGAUGCUGGAGAAUCCAAGAUAAUAAAGUGUGAAG